GAACAAUGGGGUAACAUUUCAAAAUUCAAAGCAUGAAACCAUCAAAGGACAAAGCACAUAAAUUUUGGGACUAUCCUCCAUUCUUAGCUGCCUUUCUCUUCUUUUGUCUCCCCCUUUCCAUUCUAAACGAAUCUUUCUCCAGAAAAAUGGAGAUGAAUCUUCUUUUCAUGAUACCCAUUUUGGUUUUAUGUUCUUUUCCUCUGUUUACACUCCCAAUUCAUGCUUUUACCACCGACCCUCCUCUUUCUUCCAUGGCUGACCCUCUUCUUCCCACUCAGAAAAAACCUCCAUUUUCUCAAAUACCCACAGAACACGAAGCUCCUUCUCCAGGAGUAUCAGAAAUCAGAGUAAUUCACCAUGAGGAUUUGAACAAGAAGAUUCUUGUAGCACUCAUUGUUGCUUCAUCUCUUCUUGCUGCAAUUCUGCUGUUGUUAUCAUGCUUUUGGAUCUAUAGGUUCAAAUCCUCAAAAAGAACCUCUAAUAUGAACAAAGCCCAACAAAGUCAAGAUGCUUUAAAAGGGUUGUCACUUGGUCCAAUUUUGGAUAAAUUUAAUCCUUUGAGAAUGGCUGGUAAGAAGGGAUCGGUGACCGUUAUCGAAUACGAGUGGUUAGUGUCUGCAACAAAUGGUUUUCAUGAAGACAAUAUCAUAGGCCAUGGAGCAUUUGGGAGUGUGUACAAGGCUUGUUUUAAUGAUCAUUUCCUUGCAGCUGUGAAAAGAAUCCAUGGUGGUGGACCAGAUGCCCAAAGAGGAUUUGAGAAUGAGAUCAAUUGUUUAAGCAGAGUUCAGCAUCAGAACAUUGUUAAUCUUUUGGGUUAUUGCAUACAUGGUGAGACCAGGUUUUUGGUCUAUGAAAUGAUGCAUAACGGUUCCUUAGAGUCCCAGUUGCAUGGUCCGUCUCAUGGAUCUGGUUUAAGUUGGCAGCACCGAAUGAAAGUUGCACUCGAUAUUGCAAGAGGACUAGAGUAUCUUCACGAGCGUUGUAGCCCGCCUGUGAUUCAUAGAGAUCUGAAAUCGUCGAACAUUCUUCUAGGUUCCAACUUCAAUGCUAAACUUUCUGAUUUCGGACUUGCCAUCACGGGCGGGAUUCAUGGCAAGAACUACGUAAAGCUUUCAGGAACGUUAGGUUAUGUAGCUCCGGAAUACCUCUUGGACGGUAAACUUACAGAUAAAAGUGAUGUCUACGCAUUUGGGGUUGUACUACUCGAGCUUUUGAUAGGAAGAAAACCCGUGGAGAAAAUGUCACCAUCUCAAUGCCAAUCUAUUGUCACAUGGGCAAUGCCGCAGCUAACGGACCGAUCGAAGCUUCCUAGCAUUGUUGAUCCCGUGAUUAGAGAUACAAUGGACUUGAAACACUUGUAUCAAGUUGCUGCCGUAGCCGUGCUAUGUGUACAACCCGAGCCGAGUUACAGACCAUUGAUUACAGACGUUUUGCAUUCGUUCAUCCCACUCGUACCCGUCGAGCUCGGAGGGUCACUAAGAAUUACCGAAUCUUGAUUAGAUCAUCUCUGCACUGACUCGUGUGUGUACAGAUUAUAGUUUUCAUGGAAACAACUGUUUUACUGUUUGGAGUAGAGGUCAUAUCUGUAUACAUCCUACCCUAAAACCCCACCUAAAACCAGACAAACCCAAUAUAUCCCACUUGGUGGUGGUGUCUGGGGAGGGUGAGAUGUACACAGAUCUGACCUCUAUCCAACCUCAAACCGUGUAUCUGAGUGGAAUAUACUGAGUUAGUUUGAUUUGGUUACGUGAAUUGUAAUCCAUGCAUUUAUGGGUGUACUUUUACUCAUAAUUGUUGGAUUUUGGCCAAGUACAAUGUACAUGAGAUUAAUAUUUAAUGUGGUAGCCCAUAAAACAGCU